GGAGGCCCCUGCCUCAGACUGUCCUUGUCUUUUCCCUCAAGAUUUGGGCCCAGGCUACCCAGGGCAGCGAGACAAAGGGCUUCCCGGCCUAUACCGGCUGCCUCGCUUGUCCCUAUUUGAAGGGAAAAAACACCCGGACGGAGUCGCCGCCUCAGCGCCAAGAAAAAAAAAGAAGCGGGAACGGAAGCCCCUCGUCCGCUUCUCUCCCUGCUGAGGCGGAGCGGGAAAAUGUCCGCCCCCCCCCAUACUGCCCCGGAGACGACGGCCGCCCCGGGGCGCGCUGAGGCGAAGCGGCCAUGGCUUUCCUCCGGCUGGUCCAGCUCGCCGCUUGGUGCUGCUGCUGCUGCUCGGCCGGCGGCACGGAAGAAAUCCCCUCAGGGCCCGAAGAGGCCUCUGAGGAGUCGGGAAACGCCCGUUUCUUUCAGCCGGCGCAGCUCCACGCCGCCGGGCUGUCGGUGGCCGCCGCUCCGUCCUUCCGCGGGCCCGGGAACCGCGACCGGCGCGCCAACCGGGAGCUGCCCAUCCUGCUGUGGUGGAGCGGCGGCCUCUUCCCGCACUUCCCCGGCGGGACGGCGCGCAUCGACUGCCCGCGGGGCUCCUGCCUGGCCACCAAGGAGCGGCGGGUGCGAGGCCACCGGCGGACGCGCUCGCUGCUCUUCUACGGCACGGAUUUCCGGGCCUACGAGGCUCCGCUGCCCCGGCUGCCUCACCAGACCUGGGCCCUCUUCCACGAGGAGUCGCCCAUGAACAACUACCUGCUCUCGCACGGCGCCGGCAUCCGCCUCUUCAACCACACCGCCACCUUCCGCCGCCACUCCGACUUCCCGCUCAGCCUCCAGUGGCUGCCCGACCUGGCCUACCUGCGCCGCCCGCCGAGGCGCGGCCUAGCCGAGAAGGACCGCCUGCGCCAGCGAGGCCUGGCCCCGCUGCUCUACCUGCAGUCGCACUGCGACGUCCCCGCCGACCGCGACCGGUACGUGAGGGAGCUCAUGAAACACAUCCAGGUGGACUCUUAUGGUAGAUGCCUGAACAACCAAAAACUUCCCAAUAUGAGAUUGAUGGACACUUCUACAGCCACUACAGAGGACUCUGAAUUCAUGAAUUUUAUUUCUAAAUACAAAUUUCACCUGGCUAUGGAGAAUGCCAUCUGUCCUGAUUAUAUGACAGAGAAACUCUGGAGGCCCAUGCAUGUAGGGGCUAUCCCUGUGUAUCGAGGUUCACCAUCCGUACGAGACUGGAUGCCUGAUGAUCAUUCCAUUAUUCUUAUCGAUGACUUUGGAAGCCCUAAAGAACUUGCAGAAUAUAUUGAUUUUCUGGACAGGAACCCAGAUGAAUAUUUGAAAUAUCUAAAUUACAAGAGCCCACAUGGUAUUACAAACCAGUUCUUGCUUGAGAACAUGAGGAAGCGUGAAUGGGGGGUAAAUGACAUGUCCCUGCCUAAUUAUCUAAACGGAUUUGAGUGCUUCGUCUGUGACCGAGAAAAUGCAAGACUUAAUGCAGAGAGAGACCACAAAAAAACUCACGGGAAAUCACUAGCGCCAGAAGUUCAUAUCGCAGAGACCACACACAUGGGAUGUCCUUCACCAGCACCUGGUUAUGGCAAUAUUGAAGACAUUCCUGAUGGAGACAGUUGGAAAGAAAUGUGGCUUCAAGAUUACUGGCAGAGUCUUGAUCAAGGAGAAGCUCUCACAGCUAUGAUUCAUCAUAAUGAAACUCAUCAAGGGAAGUUUUGGGAUUAUAUGCACAAAAUCUUCUUGAAAAGGACUCAGCAUAACUAACCAAUUAGGAUUCUUUGUUAUAUAAAAAAUUCUAUAUGAACAAUGGGCAGAAUAUGUACUCUUACCAACUUGCCUUAUGUGACAACUGAGUGUGUUAAUCAGGCAGAUACUAGACACACCAUUCAGGAAUAAGACAGUAACAUUUUUGCUGAAAUAUUUUAAUUAGAAUUAAAUCAAAUCAAUUGUUUUUAUAAAAUAUUUUUGUUAAAAAGUGACUACUACUGCAAUUCAUGAUAUAGCCUUUUUAAUUCUGUAAAUAAAAAUUCUUUGUAUAUACUGAGAAUUGAAAUUAGUACAAUGGUGUACUAAUGUUAGGGUGCUGUUCUGGGACCAAGGAGAAUUAGGAUCAAGUCAACCCUUAAUGGUGGAAAUUUGCUUCCUGAUUUUGGAUCGGUCCAGUCUCAGCCCAGCCUACCUCACAGGACUGCUGUUGUGGGGAUAAAUAUGAAGGCAGAUCCCCUGUAAGCUGCCUUGGGCGCCAGGAAGAGAGGUGGAAUAUAAAUCAAAUAAAUCUUUAAUUAUUA